CGGAGAUGAAACGGUCCGUAGUCAGUGAAGACGGAAAGGAUGGUCAUCCGAACAGGUGGGAAAGAGGCCAAAGAGAAGCAGAGGAAGGAGAAGGAACUGCAACCGGAGCUAUAGAUGAUUCGGAACAGGAGCUGCGACGACGAGACCACAGCACUUCGAGCAUUUGGCUCAGUGCCUGCAGGAACAACGCAUCACGCGAAAAACCGGUGGGGGAGAAGGAGGACUACAACCCACUUGCUGCGCAUUCAUCGAUGUCCUUCGAAGAGUCUUAUUUCGCCCGCGGCGAACAAAUUAGUACUCGUACUCCUCCAAAGCAUGAGCAGCGCAGUUGUAAGUCAUCUAGUUCUAGUUCUAAUUCUAGAGUAGAACUCGAUGGGACCACCUCCGUCGAACUCCGAGCAUCACCUGAAGUUGGUGACUCGACGACUUCUGCCGCGGGGGUGAACAAGAUGCUGGAGACUACUUCCGUAGCGACACCAGGAACAACACCGGGACCUCCAGGCUCUUGUGAUCAGAGGAACCCCCGCGGCCCUGCAGUACCACAAUCACUCUCGUGCUCUACUUCUGCGUCGACCCGGUCGUCCACCCCGGCGACUUCAUCCACGUGUAGUUGUAUCAACAACCUGUCCGCUUUGCUCGCCAAGGACCAGCUCGCCCGCCAGGUGACGGGCAGCGACCUGUGGGCGCUCGGGGUCCGGAUGAAGCGGAAAACACACCUCUUCAACGGCAGCACGACCGGUACCAACACUGCCGUGGCGGCGGCCUUGGGACUUACGAUGCUCCGGGCGGCGGAACGGAGGGACGAUGUUGAAAAGGGACGACAAACUAGUUGUGUUGAGGGAACGACGGCUCCUCCGGAUGUAGUUGAUCCCGGCUCGACGGGGAGACUCCCCCAUGGUGAAAGCAAAAAUGAUCCUUCUUUGGUUCCAACGAGUCGCUGUCUGACCGUUCUGGAUCCGAUGUGCGGGACAGGCACGUUGCCGCUGGUGAUGCAAGCAUUGUCUUCGCGGUUUAACAAGAAUACGUCACACUCGUCCGGGGGCUCGGACCACCAGCCGCAGGCAGGCUGUUUCCUUUCUCCGUUCUCUGGUACUUUUUCCCGAUCAAAGGAAGGAGUGUUGAAAUCGUGCAGUGCGGACGGAGAAGGAGAGCUACUACUACAUGGAACUACGAAGCAGCAGGACGCAGAAGACCAAGAUCGGAAAGUGAAGAGGGCGAAGAUCCUGAUGGACACUGAGCUCGGCGCGGAAUGGCUACAACAACGGGAAGCUGCAAAUAAAGAGGGGCUGUUGGGUGGAAGAGCAAGUAGUAGUCGAACCUCGGCGUCAAGUUCCGGCUCCGUGUUGCAGGACCAAGAACUUCUACCGGCCCCGAAUUCCAGGCGCCGGGAAAACGAUGAAAACGAUGGCGAAAACCACGACACGGUGGAUUCUUGCAGACCAGAGACAGAGCAAAUCGCAGUUUCGAAUUCAUCUUCUGGGCGGAACAAUAUUAAAGCACGUGAAGAACUCCUUUUCCCGGCGACGAAGUUCCACCUCCUUGGCGCGGACUGCAAGGAGCUGGCGGAGAACUUGAAAGCCACCUCGAGCAAGCACCCGCCACCGGUGGACUUUCUGAGCCAAACCACGUGCAACCGCCUUCCCUUCCGCAGCGGGGUCGUCGAUCUGAUCUUCGUGGACCCGCCGUGGGGGCAGCGCCACGGCUCGCACACGCUAAUCCAAAAGAACUGGAAGAAGUGGAUGACUGAGUGGGUGCGGGUGUUGCGCGACAAAUCGGGACUGCUCGGGGUGGUCACGAUCCGCACCAAACAGGUGUUGCGCGACUACCAUUCCUUUUUCGAGAAAGAAUUAGAAUUGGUGUCGAAUUUGAUGCUCAACAACGCAGGAUAUCAACAAUGCCAAUUUUUCCUGUUCCGGAAGAGGUGAUAUGAAAAAAAUGAAUCAUUUCUACUUCACGACGAAGUGGUAGCGACAAGAAGUUCUGUCAUAUGAAAAUGAACCUUACCCUAGUAAGAACAGAGGAAGCUUUGGAGCUCAUGAU